AUGGUUGGAAACCCAGCUAUUGGAGCCUCAGGGGGCUUGGCUAUAAUUUGGGAUCCUAGAGUGGUCUCCUUUGAGGUGGUUAAUAGCCAGGCACAUUGGAUGAGCGAUUGGGUAAAAGGUAUCAAAAAAAACCUUUGUUUCCUUCUUGUAAAUGUUUAUGGCCCAACACAAAAUAAGGAUAAAAGAAAGAUCUGGAGUGAACUUAAGCUAUUUCUAAAAGCAAUCCCUAAUCAGAUUUGUAUCAUUGGGGGAGACUUUAAUGCCAUCUUGAACCCAAAAGAGAAAUGGGGAGGGAUUAGAAAAAUUUCACGAUCAAAGAAAUAUUUUUGUGAAUGGGUACAUCGAAUCAACCUCAUGGAGAUUAAGACAAUGAAGGAUACUUAUAAUUGGAACAAUAGAAGGUCAGGCUUUAGCUUCAUAGCGGAAAAACUGGAUAGGUUUUUUCUCUGGGGGAGCCUGAUCGACUUCCCUAACUCAUUAUAUGCAGAAUUCCUUCCUAUCUCUGGCUCUAACCAUUAUCCCAUUCAGUUAUCAAUUACAGAGGAAUCCAAACCUAGAAGGUGUCCUUUUAAGUUUGAACUGAUGUGGAUGAAAGAGGACAAGAUUAUGGGACUGGUGGAGAAAUGGUGGAAAGAGAUGGAAAUCACAGUCUCUGAAAUUUUUGGAGUCAUUAGCAACCUGAAGGUGGUUAAGAAUAAUCUGCUAAGGUGGAAUAAAAUGCACUUUGGCAACAUUUUUGAGACUAAGGCUAGACUUGAGGAUGAAACUAGUGCGCUUAAUAAGAUAUUCAUGGAAAAUGAGAUGGAUCAGGCUCUUUUCCUGGAAGAAAAAUGGUUAUUAGCGAAUUAUGAGGAUAUCUUGGCUAAGGAGAAAGUUUUCUGGCACCAAAAGUCUAGAGAGUUCUGGUUAAGUGAUGGAGAUAGGAAUACUAAGUUUUUCCACAAUAGUACUAAACAGAGGAGGACAGUUAACAGAAUAACUAAAAUCAAAACAAGUGAAGGUAAAACCAUUGAAGAUCCUAACCUAAUCACAUCUAAGGUAGUUAAGUAUUUUGAGAAUAUCCUAAAUAACUGGGAGGGUUCUAACUUGAGCUUUCGAGAUGAUAUCCUAGCCAACAUCCCAAAAAUAGUCACUGAAGCGCAGAACAAGAAUCUAGGGGCUAGAUUCACUAAAGAGAAGGUGAAAAUAGCUCUAAUGUAG